AUGAGUCCUCGAUUCCCACCAAAUACCAAGAUAAAAGAUUUUGGGUACCCUGAAUCACACCCAUUACAUUUCACAGCAUCGAUAAGACAUUUGAGAAAAGGGAGAUCAUCUAGUGACUAUGAAGCAUCUGAUGAUGCAACUUCUUCCGAUAACACAUCCACUACAUCAUCUUCGGUCACCUCUGAGCGCCGAUCGCGACAUCAUGGAAACUCAAACUAUGAAGACUUUGAGGGAUACGAUUAUGAAGCAGAGCUAGAAGAAGAUGAAUAUGGCGACGACGAUGAUGAAUAUGAGAAAGAUGAGAUAAAUUGUGAGGCUCGUGCCAUAUUUGAUUUUCAACCUGAAAAUGACAAUGAAAUCGGUUUACUAGAAGGUCAGGUGAUAUGGAUUAGUUACAGACAUGGUCAAGGAUGGCUAGUUGCAGAAGACCCUGAAACUGGAGAGAAUGGACUUGUCCCCGAAGAAUAUGUUGAAUUAAUCGGACUACUCGAGAGAACAGAUGAAAGGGAAGAAGAUGUGGCCAAGCCAUUCUUGCCCGAAAUAUUACGAAAUGAUGAACCUAUAGGGGAGAUACGAGGAUCAGAGGAUGAAUGGGUGGACACAGAUGAGGAGUCUCUAAAGCUGAAUGUGGAUAUAACUGAGGACAAAACAAGGGGAGAUGAAACUCUGGUGGAUGAGUUGGAUAAGUCAGUACAUGAAAUGAAAAUAUGA